UGGUUGACGUAAUGUGAUGCCAGCACAAAUUCGAUGGCCCUUGUGUCUCUUCUUCUUUGUUCUCGAUACCCUCCCCCGUGAUGUUGUUGCUAUCUCUUACACUCUUUUUUUCUUCUUGGAACACCUUCGUUUACGCUGGUAAUCAAACCAAGGGCGAGAACUGCACUAUCACGAACAACCGCCUCGAAUUUGGCACAUUUCAAUUUCAUAGCGAUUGCGACGUACAAACAUACUGCUCGUCGUCGCAGGGCACUUGUGAACUGAAAGGCUGCAGAAAAGACCAAUAUCCAUUUGGGUAUACACCAGGCGACUGGGUGCCACCACUGUGUCCUGCUGGGCAGUUUUGUCCCGACGAAAGCGAUGCGUGCCAGCCUUGGCUGCCUGUUGGCAGUGCAUGCCAGCUCAACCGUGAUGACCAAUGCCAGCCGCCUCCAAAUUGGCAGCAAUUAGCUGAUCCUUCAAAGUACGGCCGUAACGUAAAUGGUUCCAUCUGUCUGAACAACGUCUGCAUGUGGGCAAAUGUCACAGUUGGCCAGUCUUGCGAAGUCGAGAACACCGCCUACAUCGCCUAUGCGGGAGAUAACGAGUUUGUUGAUAUCGUGUCACGAGGCAACUGUCAAAUUGGGUCGUAUUGCGAUUCGCAGUCGUUGGUUUGCAUUCAGGCGAAAGAGCUUGGGGAGACCUGUGAUGCAGACAAAGAAUGUUCGUCAUUUAACUGCUUGGGUAAAGGCGUUUGUGGUCUGGGUUCCGACUCGCCAAAAUACUUCAAGACCUGGGUAUAUGCCGUGGUCGGAGCUGGUAUCUUCGGAGGCAUGUUUGCCACUCUGCUUGCCCUGUUCCUGAUUCACCGCCGUCAACGUGACCAGGAACGUGAAAAGCGUCUCCAGUACUGGUGUGAACAGAAUGCCUUCCGCCAGAGCAUCAUGCAAAUGAAGGAAAUUGCUCGCACCUCCAUCUUGUCUCUCCCUGGCGGCACCGGCAAUAGCAACCGGAGUACAGUCUGCAGUCGCGCUGGAUCAGAAGAGUCGUUCACACCAAUGGUCCAGCACUCGGUCCACAAGUCGAGCGGGUUGAGACAGCAGUGCCUGUCAGAUGAUAACGGGAGUGUAUACGAUGAGAUGAUGAUGCAAUCGGGUCAUCGGUAGGUGUGGGUAUUGUGUACAAACGCCUUGAGCUUUUUGAGUCUUAUGUGUCAACCGGGGACUAUUUUUCACCACGGACUGACUGAUCUCUUCACAUCAUAUCCUCUUAUAUAGGUAUACUUAGAAUGGACCUUAAUUAGUAUUCUUGGCCGUGCUGUCAGGACGAAUAAAAAUGAGUGGUUAGAUAUUCAAGCGGUUUAUCUAUGUGACGGG